AUGGCUCCCCAAAACCAGUUACGAUAUACCGCAUACUAUUGCACUACUCCAAAAGAAGUCACCUUCGCCGAGCGGAGACCGGCGUACCCUUCUGUCGAGGAGAAAGAGUUGCUCGAACGCUGUUAUCUAGUCCCGUCCCUUGUUCGAAAUCCCAAUAAUCCCAAUACGGAUUCCUAUGGCUGCGUCGACUUUUGGUCCAUCCAGAAAAAGAAGGGCGACAAUGUCGAGCGCUGGAUGCCAGGGUAUCCGAUGAACGAAGUCGUGAACGAACGAGAAUGGAAAUGCUCACUCGUCUACCAGUGGCCUGGACUACCCAUCAUCUACGUCUGCCUCGAAUCACCUCUCAAGACCAGACACGAGAUCCAUCAAUUCGUCACCGAGGUCUACGAGGAUUACUUUGGAUGGUGCGCCCGUACCUAUCCAUCUGCCGCUCCUUAUGUUCGACGCAUCUAUGGUGCCCUCUAUAGCAUGAACCUCUUUCGAUUGGUACAGCUAGCUUCGGGCCCAUGGACCGUCGACCUUGUCUUUAGCAACCCGUCUCUUCUCUCCUUUUGGCCAAAGGGCUACCAAGAGAGAACAGACAUGUCGCGCACUCUUACGGCCGGACUUCUUGGUAUCAAAAAGCUAAAGAGUUGGGACCGGAAAGAGAUUACCAGCUGGUGGUAUGCUUCUGCCGGCUGA